AUGCCUCUGACCCCAGAGCAGCCCUCUGGGCACAUGGAGGGGCCCCCUGCAUCAGAGGCUUCCUCAUGGCCCCCGCUGCCCUGCGGGCCCUGUGUCCCCAUCAUGCUGGCCCUGGCCGCCCUAGCUGCUGUCUUCCUCCUGACCACAGCCGUGUUGGCCGAACGCCUGUUCCGCCGUUCCCUCCGUCCAGAACCCAGCAUCUGCGCGCCCACCCUGGUCUGGCGCCCGGGAGGAGAGCUGUGGAUUGAGCCCACGGGCACCCCCCGAGAGCGCUCCGAGGAUUGGUAUGGCUCCGCGGUUCCCCUGCUGAUGGACCAGGUCCCAGACCCGCCUACCCAGGAGGGCGCCUUGGAGGCACGAGUGACAGCCCCACCUGCCCCUUCAGCCCCAUACUCCCCUCCCAGCUCUUUGGUCCCCCAGACCCCACCAAACGCUCCAACCCAUAGCACCUUCUGGAGGCCCCACACCCCAGGCCUGGUAAGCUGGGCUGGGCCUGAACAGAGGCCAGAGGCCAGUGCAUAUCCAGGGAGCCCCCAGGCCCGGAGGCUGCGGCCAGGAAGCCCUGAUCCUGAGUGGGGCCUCCAGCCUCGGGUCACCCUGGAGCAGAUCUCAGCUUUCUGGAGGCGUGAAGCCCGGACCAGCGUGGGUUUCUGA